AUGCAGAACACUGUCGAUAUGACGAAUGCCCGCGAGAGCGCUACCAUCGAUGUUGCAGCAGUGAGGAACUUUCUCACAUACGAUAUAGACGGUCUUGCGCGUUGGGAACAAAAACAGAGGAUCGAAAAAGUUCUUUCUAGCGACCCCAUGUUCGAUAAAACGAAUAGACCUUUUAUCACUCGAACGGAAGCGUACAGCCGAGGUCAGCGGAUGACAAAUCGCAUAUAUCAACUCGAGCAGGACUUGAGAUGGUCAAAAGGUGAUACCGUUGUCGCCUUCUCAGUCCUCGAUGAUCGCCUCCCUUCGGGUCUGCACAGCGAUGCCUUUGAACCUGUUAUUAGUGGUCAAGGAUCGCCGGCUCUAUUAGAUAAGUACGCGAAACUGGUGGUUACACGCAGCAUCCUCGGAUGUUACUUGCAAACCGAGCUCGGCCAUGGUUCUAACGUCGCUCAGCUGGAGACAACUGCUACUUUUAUUCCACAGACCCAAGAGUUCGAGAUCCACUCGCCCACACUGACGAGUACGAAGUGGUGGAUUGGAGCGCUGGGGAAGACCGCGACUCACGGAGUAUUACAAGCCAAGUUAAUCCUGCCCGGGGGUAAGGAUAUGGGACCGCAUCUCUUUUUUGUCCCGCUUCGGUCUCUGGAGGACCAUAAGCUUCUUCCUGGUAUCAUUGCGGGCGAUAUCGGCCCCAAGGCAUUGAAUGGAUACGUUUCUGUUGACAAUGGUUAUGCACGGUUUGACCGCUACCGGAUACCCAAGGAAAAUAUGCUCUCCAAAUUUGCUCAGGUCACUGAAGAUGGCACUUAUGUCAAGCCGCCUCACUCGAAACUGAGCUAUGGCGGUAUGAUGUAUAUACGUUCCGGAAUGAUAUCCCAUUCGGGGUCAGCGGUUGCCCGAGCUAUUACCAUUGCCAUACGGUAUGCCACCGUUCGCCGACAAGGGGAAAGGGGGCCAGAUGGUCUCGAGCAGCAAGUUAUCACUUAUCCGUCUGUGCAUGGCCGGCUACUACCUAUCCUCUCGCGUGCAUACGUAUAUGUCCUCCUUGGGCGAAACAUGUUCAAGUCAUUCGGUACCUUCUCACGGCAGCUAGCAUCUGGGAACAUGUCCAUGUUGCCAGAAAUGCAUGCGAUCACCAGUGGACUCAAAGUUCUAUGCACAGCGACAAUUAUGGAUGAUAUCGAAUCAGCGAGACGGUCUAUGGGAGGGCACGGGUACAGCGCCUUUGCGGGGGUCGGCAAGUUGUACGCAGAUUACCUUCCCAGCGUGACAUUUGAAGGAGAGAACUUUGUGCUAGACAAGCAGGUCGUACGCGCGGCACUCAAGGCCUCCAAGGAUGAUACAUCGUCCCUCUCGCCCUUUUCUCGAUACCUUCGACUUCUCCAUCCAGGGAAGGAGUUUCCCGUUCCUUCAUGGUUGGACCCAACAGAGGUCGUACUCCUGCUCGAAUGGCGUGCUGCAGUGUUGGUGCAGGAUGCGGCGGAAACGGACGAUGAUUCGGAUACCAGCCUCACGCAGCGGGUAUCGAAGGCCGUUGCAGAGGCGUUCGUAGCGACGCAGGUACUAGAGAUGAUCAGCACUGCACAGAGCUCAUUGAGGGCUGAGGAUGCCUUGGUGCUGAAAGGGCUUUUCAUGCUUUACCUCCUGUCGACGGUCGAAGGAUCCUUGGCAGAUUUUUUGACACUCAACCUGAUCAAGGGUGACCAGACGAAGUCCCUCCGAAAGGCGAUUUCAAAGAUUUGCCGAGAGCUGCUCCCGAACGCGAUUGGGCUUACGGAUGCGUUUGGAAUCUCCGAUUGGGAGCUCGAUAGUGCUUUGGGUGUGUAUGACGGGAGGGUGUACGAGGCGCUUUGGGCGCGGGUGCAGACCGAGCCUUUGAAUCAGACGGAGGUGCCCGAGGCAUAUGAGGAAUCUAUCAAACCUAUACUUGCCAGGGGAAGACAAUUAGCGAAGCUAUGA